AUGAUCAUGGCGCCUCUAACAGCAAAAGCAUUAUCUGAUCAAGAAGAGUUCUAUGCUCGAGAACGAGUCGAAAUCGUCCAGUCGCAUGCCGCCAAGGUCAUACAAGAGGAACAAAUCCAAAAGUACCUUUCGCAACGCGGGAUUGCAGAGGGGUAUGAUAUCAUGGCUGGGGAGGGGGUGCGGGUUUCCAGACUAGGUGGGCAUGAAUAUGCUAGUUUUCAGCGUGGUGGUGGUAUUACGAGCAGGGGUACUGCAACCCAGCGAGACUCCGGCAUUCGCGACAACAACGGCGAUUCAUGGAACUCACUUAAACUGUUCAUGCCGCGACAACCGCCAACACGGGGUCAUGAACAACCCUACGAAACCUCUGGUGCGACGCCGUUGGAGCGGUACUUGACACCGGGCGCCUCAAGUGACCCAUCCUAUAUUCGAAGACCGGCUAUGAUGCAGGCGAAGUGCUACGGCGAUAUGGGUAGUGUCGAGAGCCGAGCACAUCAAGCGCAGGCCUUGGCUGACAAGGUUGACAGAGACGGACAAGCGAGAAAUGGUGGUACACGCGAUGGGUUUGUCUACAAAUGA